ACCCAAAGAAGAUGAAGUUCAUGAAGCUAGGUUCAAAGCCCGAUACAUUUCAAGCCGAUCAUGAAUCCAACUCCAUCAGGUGUGUUUCAUCUGAACUGGAGACGGAUUUCACCGUCACAGUUGAUGAAGUAAAAUUUUAUCUUCACAAGUUUCCGCUUUUGUCGAAGAGCAAUCGAUUGCAAAAGCUGGCAUUGAGCGCAAGCGAAGAGGAUUCCGACGUCGUUCAUCUUGUCGAUUUUCCUGGUGGACCUAAAGCUUUCGAGAUCUGUGCAAAGUUCUGCUAUGGAACGACGGUUUCUCUCAGUCCUUACAACGUCGUCGCCGCCCGUUGCGCGGCGGAGUACCUCGAGAUGACGGAGGAUAUAGAUAAAGGAAACUUAAUAUUCAAAAUCGAGGUGUUUCUCAAAUCGAGCGUUCUCCGUAGCUGGAAAGACUCCAUCAUUGUGCUGCAAACCACCACGGCUCUUCAACAAUGGUCGGAAGAUAUAGAGAUCACGACGAGGUGUAUCGAGUCCAUUGCAUCAAAAACAGCUAUUGAUCCUUCGUAUGUUAACUGGUCUUAUACUUACAAUCGUAAACUCGCUGCAACGAACAGAGUCGCCGAGGUUGGUUCUGUACCGAAGGAUUGGUGGGCUGAAGAUCUGUGUGAACUGGACAUCGAUGUCUAUAAACGCGUGAUGCUGGCUGUUAUAUCAAAGGGAAAAGUGGAAGGCGACGUUAUCGGAGAGGCGCUGAAGACGUAUUGCCUGAUGUGGUUGCCGGACUGUAAUGACCCUUUCGAAUCUGAUGACGCUCAUGUUGAAAAGUACAAAUCACUGGUUGAAUCAAUGAUUUUCUUACUAACUCUGGAUAAAGGAGUCGAUUGUUCAUGCAGUUUCUUACUGAAACUACUUAAGGUCUCGAUUCUCGUCGGAGUUGAUCCAUUGAUACGUGACGAUUUGAUCAGAAAUGUUAGUUUGAUGCUCGAUGAAGCAUCUGUUCAUGAUCUGUUGAUUCCGGCCGAGCAUCCUCAAACCACGGUCUACAACGUUGAGCUUGUGCAGUUCCUUGUUGAUCGGUUUUUGAAGACGAAGAGUGUUGACGAAGAAGAGGAAACGAACGAUUUGGUUUUGGUAAACCCUCGACGCUGCACCACCGUCGGCCGUCUGAUCGAUGGGUACCUUGCAGAAGUCGGUCGUGAUAAAAACCUGACGCUCUCUGCUUUCAUGACGUUAUCACGAUCAAUCCCUGACUCCGCAAGACCAGUUCACGACGGACUGUACGGCGCCAUUGACAGUUACUUGAAGGAGCACCCAAGUUUGAUCAAAGAAGAAAAGAAAAAGGUUUGUGAGUUGAUUGACGUCAAAAAGUUAACGUCAAAGGCAUCCUCCCACGCAGCACAAAACGACCGGCUUCCGCUGCGGAUGGUGGUGCAAAUCCUGUUCCACGAGCAGGCUCGAGUGACUUCCGCCGUCAAACUUGCAGCUCUUACCAAACAGGAACCGGUUGAACAGAACUGGGAAAUUAAAGUGCCUCUACGCUCGAAAUCUCUGAGAACACCUUCACGGAUGAAGAUGAACGACGACGGUGAUUUAGAGAAGCAGGUGAUGAGCCGCGGCGGUAUCCGGCAGCUGGUGCCGUCCCGUUCACGGCGGAUCCUGGAUAGAUUUUGGGUGGUGGGGAUGGGGCAGAGGAGGAGUCACGGGGAGAGCAAGAGCACCGUGACAUCUGGAAGUUCACAAACCAAGUCCUCUGGUUCAUCGUCAAGAAAACAGAGGUUUUCCAUUUCUUGAAAUGCGAAUUAGCUUUCUGAAUCAGUGUAAUUGUAAUUGGGUUUCCGCAAAGUGCAAACAAAUCGGUAUCGGCGUGUUUGAUAUUAAAUAAGAUAAUGUAGUAAAUUUGGACGUGUUUUGGUAAAGGUGGUCAACUUAGUUUUUUGAACAUGG